UAAAGGCUUGUUUUCCUAGCGACAGGUUUUUUGCGCCGUUGACAACGUGAUACGCCGGGCGUUUAACGUCGACCACUGAUUCCUUUGAAUCUAGUUGGGAUGUUUUCCUAGAGGGCGCAACACGUCAGCGCAGAACGUGUUGCGUUGACGCGGUUGGCCCCACUGCUCGAGGAGGAGUCAACAACGCAGUACGCUGACGCAAUCGCCUUGGAUUCCAGUGUUUUGUGCAUUCAAGUUUCGAGUUGUGAGGUUUUCAAGAUGUCCCAAAGCGCAUCAGCGAGGUUUUCGGCAGACGAGGACGAAUUGUUAAUUGAGUUCGUCCAAAAGGAAGAUAUGUUAUAUGACCUUAAACAUAAAGAAUUUAAAAACUCGACGAAGAAAGACCUGUUGCGGAAUGAAAUAGGGAGAAGAUUGGAAAAAGAAGGGAGUGAGUGCAAGAAACGGUGGAAAAGUAUGAGGGACCACUACAAAAGGGAGAAAAAAGAAGAAAAAGGUACAACAGGGAAAGCUGCUAAGAAGAAAAGAGCUCAGUACUGGCAACGGUUGCAGUUUUUAGACACUGUGGAGGAUGAAAGAACGAGUUUUACGAAUGUUGUUACCGCAUCCGACGUUGGAGCAUCAUCUGAAACUCCACAACAAGGCAUUCCAGAAGAGUAUGAGGAGGAUGCUUCAAUGGAACAUAGGUCCCAGGAAUUAUCUCCGCAUACAUCAUCUCAGCAUACUGAACAGACAAAUACGACCCCAUCCCAACAUGAAAAAAGGUCCGAACUUGAAUUUCACCGUCGAAAUCCGAAACAAAGGAAAGACAGUUCUGUUCUCCAAAAAUAUUUGCAGGAAAGAAAGGAAGACAGGAACCAUUUAAAGAGAUGUCUUGAAGGUCUUAUGACAUACCCAGGACCUCCGCAAAAUGAAACUGAAAUUGAUAUGUUCUUCAAAACAAUGGCCGCAACUGUUAAAAAAUUCCGACCAGAUCUUGCCACCCAGACUAAAGCGAGUGUUUUCAAAAUAGUCACCGAUAUGGAAGUGCUGAACCAGCGACUGUCUAUCCCUGGUGACAGUGGAUUCACAGAUAUUCAGUAUGAUAACAACCAAUUGAGACCGUCACCCUCCUCAACAUUCUCACCCUGGUCCACUCCACAUUCAUCUCACACACAAGCUUCGGACCCCUACUCCGAUAUCGUUUCUCAGGCCUUCCAAACGGCCUUAGUAGGCACAGAGAACAAUGAAUAAUUCAGUUUUUGUACUCAUGUUUGAUUGAAUAGUUUUGUGUUUGAUUGAGAAGGCUACUCCCUUUUGUACUCGUUUUCUACUAAGUAAUUACUUUGUUCUUCUAUUUUAAGUAUUAUAUUGUUACUUUUCUUUCUCGUACCGUAUUACUUUUCUUUCCCGUGGUACUUGAUGUUAGGUAUAAGUUUCAUAAAAAUCGUAAACACCCACAUCAAAGACACUGAUGAAGAUCUCAAUACCACAUUCACGCUUCCUAGGGUUAGGUUAGGUUAGGUUAUAUUUGGAAAUAGUUCAUUUUUUUCGAUUUUUUAAGAAUUUUUUUGGGUUUGUGAUACUAUGAAAAAUAGUUUCCAGAUUUUUUCUUUUAACUCAAGGUUAAGUUUGGUUUUACUUUACUAAUUUUUUUUUUAAAGAAUCUGGUAAAAAUACUUAUAUUUUUUUGACCUAACUUGUCAGUCUAAAAAUCGGACUACUACGUCAAAAGUCAAUUGUUUGCUACAAUGAUAAUGUAGUAGAAAUAAACAAAUAUUUCCGGCUUACCUUAGUGUGACUGCCAAUUUUUCAGCGGUUGUUAUAGGUUCCUUCACUCGGUUGUAGGAAGAAGUAGUCAAGUCGUCAUUAAUGAGGUUCAAAAUGUCGAAAAAUCUUCCUCUGGGCAGUCUUAAGUAUCUUCGGAAUUUCUCUUCAUCAUCAAGAAGAUGAUUCUUGACUAAACUGCUGAACAUUCCUUCACUUCUGCGGUUUGAGAAUACAUCACUCACACUUUCCCUUACUUUUGCAUAUUUUGUUAAUACGAACUCUUCUUCUUCGUCACCAUCUAUUAUUUCUUUAAUUAUGAAAGCAGCCAUUACAUUUCUCUUUCUCACCAUGUUCUCCAUUUCAGCAGUUUCACUUAAAUGUUUCACAUACAAACACCCAACCUUCAACACGAUUCUACGCCAACUGAACAGAUAAAACACGGCGCUAGGAAAACACUUUUACGCUGCGUAAUAUAUUUCGCGCUUUAGUCGACGUUUUUCAGGCUCAUUCGGUUCCUGCUGCGCAAAAAACCUGUCGCUAGGAAAACAGGCCUUAAGUCUGCUACCUUCGAUGUUGUGACCGAUUUGUUGAGUGCUCUGGAUGGGUCGCAGAGGGCUGUGGGAGUCUUCUGUGACUUGUCCAGGGCUUUCGAGAUGGUUGACCACGGUCUCCUUUUGGAUAAGUUGAGGUUUUAUGGAUUUAGUGGUUGUGCAGAGACAUUUUUUAGAUCCUACCUUGAGAGGAGAUAUCAAGCUGUAAAGAAUGAUUGUGAGGGCUCUCAGGUAUUUUCUACAUGGCAGCAAAAUGGGCGAGGAGUGCCUCAGGGAUCCAUACUUGGGCCUACUUUGUUUAAUAUCUUUAUCAAUGACUUGCCCUACAAUGUGGAUGGUAAAUUGAUAUUAUAUGCUGAUGACACAACAAUCUUGG